UAACCUCCUCGGGCUGUGAUUGGUCGAGCCGCCCCGUGGCCCCUCCCAUCCGCCUCGCGCCCGCAGCGCUCCGCGCGGCCUCGCACCUGCGGCGUGUUGAAAAAGAGCGGGAAAAGCGCUCGCCCGAAAUUACCUCAGGGGACAAAAUGGCGGCCGAGAGCCGCGCCGCGGGAAGAAGAGAAAGAGGCUCAACCUUAAGAAAUUGGGCAACAAAGCUCAAACAAUCAGUUCGGGUUAGGGGGAAAAAAGUGGAAAAAAGCAGUGUGAAGGGAAAUAUUUCUGCCACAGGUGAGGGCCUGGCGUGUCUCCAGUCCACAGCCUGCAGACAAGCCCGGCUUGUCUCUGGUGAAUGCAGCGUUUGUAGGAUGAAGGAAAACGGAAAAAAAUAUAGAAAGGAAAGAAAAUAAGGAGGAGGGCGAGCUGCUUUGGGGAAGGGUGAGGAGUGAAGUGAGUGGAGGAGCUGACAUGGAGGAGCUGGGGUGCACCUGGGCUUGGUACUCCCUGCUGCCCUUGCUCCUGCCUGCCCCAGGCCUGUCCCUCGGCCCAGAGCUGCCGAUGACGAGCUUUGGAGUGAGUGCCACCAUUGUUUCCCGCUAUGCUUCCACCUGUGUGUGCAGCACUGUGCACAACCCUGACCCUGUGCCACGCCACGCUGCCUUCGACCUGGACCUGCCGCCUGCUGCCUUCAUCACCAACUUCACCAUGAUGGUUGAUGGCAAGGCCCACCAGGCUGAGGUGAUGGAGAAGCGCUGCGCUCGGGAGCUGUACGAAGCAGCCCGGCAGCAGGGCAAGACAGCAGCCCAUGUUGGCACCAAAGAGAAGGAAACCCAGCGCUUCCGCGUGAUGGCCUCAGUGGCAGCCGGCGGGGAUGCAUCUUUCGAGCUGUGCUAUGAGGAGCUGUUGCGGCGACGCUUGGGCACGUACCGCUACGCUGUCCACCUCCAUCCCCGCCGCAUCGCAGCGGAGCUCCGCGUGGAGCUGAGCAUCGCCGAGCGGGCCGGCAUUGCCGAGCUCCGCGUGCUGCCCCUGCUCGGAGGGCGGGUGCUGCCGUCCGUCCGGGUGGAGAAGGGGACGCACUGCGCCCGCGUCGCCUUCGCACCCACCCCCCAGGAACGGGCGGCUCUCGGUGUCAGCGGUGAUUUCGCGGUGGAGUACGACGUGGCCCGGCGUGACGCCGCGGGGGACGUGGAGCUGUACGACGGACACUUUGUGCACUUCUUCGCACCCGCUGGGCUGUCCCCCAUCCCGAAGGACAUCGUCUUCGUAAUCGACGUCAGCGGCUCCAUGUCGGGCACCAAGAUCAAGCAGACCAAGGCGGCCAUGCGCUCCAUCCUCCGUGACCUGCGUCCCCGCGACCGCUUCAACAUCGUCGCCUUCGCUGAGGCCGCCUGUGUCUGGCAGGAGGGCGGCUCCGUCCCGGCCACCGCGUCCUUCAUCCGCGGUGCCACCCGCUACAUCGACGCCCUUCAGGCUGACGGUUGGACCGACAUCAACCACGCGCUACAGGCGGCGGCCGCACUCCUUCACCACCCGGCCGAGGAACCCCACGUCCCGCUGUUGCUCCUCCUGACAGACGGCGAGCCCACCGCGGGGGUGACCGACGUCCCCCGCAUCCUCUCCAACGCCCGCCGUGCCCUGUCCCCUUCCGCCGCGCUCCUUUUUGGCCUGGCUUUCGGGGCCGACGCCGACUUUGCCCUUCUGCGCCGGCUCGCGGCCGCCAGCGGGGGAACGGCGCAGCGCGUCCCCGAGGAAGCCGACGCCGCCAUCCGUCUCGCUGACGUUUUUCGGGAGAUCGACAGCCCGCUGCUGCGGGACGUGGAGCUCGCCUACCCCGGCGCGACCGCGUGGCACGUCACCCCAAAGCUUUUCCCCGGUUAUUUCCGAGGCUCUGAGCUGGUGGUGGCCGGGAGGUUGGAACCGGGCACGGAGCGGCUCCGCAUCCAAGCAUCCGGACAAGGCGACGAGGGUGAGCUCCAUGCCGACGCCGAGGUGGUGGCCAACGUCACCGAGCUGCCACCUGGCUGUCCCCAGCACCCUGCCGCGCUGCUCGGUGGCUUCGUCCGCCGGUUGUGGGCGUACGUCACCAUCCAGGAGCUGCUGCGGGCGCAGCUGGGCGCCAACGACACGGCCACACGCCGCCGGCUCGCCACCGAGGCCACCGAGCUGUCCCUCCGCUAUCACUUUGUCACCCCCUUCACCUCCCUCGUGGUGGUGACACCGGGUGACGGAGGACUGACAUCCCCUCCGAGCAUCACCACCAACAGCGCCACGGUGACACCGGACGUCACCGGGACACCGGGUGGAGCUGUCACCGCCGCUGCUACAGCGCGGGGAGAUCUUGGGGACCACGCGGUGCCGGGGAGCACAGUGCCACCCACUGUGCAGCCGCAGCCCACCCCCCAGCUCUGGGUGCCCCCAGAGCCGUGGGGGAGUCCCAGCCUGCACCGCGGCCCCGGGGAUGCGGUGCUGCUGCAGACAGAUGAGGCCGAGCUGUUGGCACCUGGGGCAGGGGGUGAGGAAUUCGUGGAGUCCCUUAACCCCCCCGUCUACGUCGUCCUCACACCCACAGGGCUCCCUGAUGAUGAAGAUGCCGCAGACCUUACCCAUGAUGUUGACAUAGCUUCCUCGAGCCCCACGUUCUUCACCUUUUCUGCCUCGGUGGAUGGGGACCCCCACUUUGUGGCCCACAUUCAGGGCACACCGUACCCCCUCUGCUUCACCCUCGACGGUCGCCCCGGGGACAUCCUGCAGCUGCUGACUGACACAUCGCUCGGGCUGACGGUCCAUGGGCACUUGGUGAGUGCCCCAUCCUGGCCGAGCGCCCCAUCACGUCCCCGCACCUUUUUCAACGCCGUCACCAUUUCGGGGGACACCAUCGUCGUCACCGUCACCCUCGCUGGGGUCCGUGUGAGCGGGGAGGGUGCCCCCCUUUCCCUGCCCUUCUCCCAUCCCACCCAACUCCGUCUCCCCCCCGUGAUGCUGGUUUUGGGGCCGGGGGGCCGCCUCCGCCUCCAAUGGGGUCCCGGCUUGGAAUUCCUGGUGUUGCGUCACCGCUACAGCCGACCCAGCGCCCUGCAGCGUGACCACCUCGGCUUCUAUGUCACCAACGGCAGCGGGUUGUCCCCGAGGGCCGGCGGGCUGCUGGGCUGCCUGCGGGGCAUCCGGCUGUCCCCACAGGGGACACCGGGAACGGCGCAGCUGUCCCGGGGUGAGGUGAUGGUGACGGCCACGCUGGUGACAAAGGAGCUGCAGGUGGCACAGGGGACAGCCCGGCCCGGCCGCUGUUGGUUGGUCCCGCGUUCCAAAGUGCCGGUGCUGCUGGGGGGGCCCUACGGGGAUUUCCUGUCCCCCUCUCUGCUACCGGCCUGAGAUUGUCACUGCUGGCCCCAUAGAUGUGGGACUCUAUGGGGGGGGGGGGGGCGGGAUUCCACGGCCACCUCCAGACCUGGGACACAAGGGGACACCCCCAUGGCCACCAGUGUCCCCUGUGGACUCUGGGGUGACCCCAAGGCCACCACCAACUCUAUGGACGUGUGAGAUGGGAUGUCAUGGCUGCCACCAACCCCAUGGACUUGGGGGGACCCCGCGGCCACCAAUGUCCUCACAUCUCUGGGACAUGGGAUCCCAAAGCCACCACCAACUUUAGGAGUGCUGAAACGAGCUGGCCUGCCCCACCAACCCCCUUCAGGAAACGGGGGACCCCUCUGUAACUGCCCCCCCCCC